GUCUGUAUAUAUAUUGAAUCAUUAUAGCUGAAAUAGAGAAAACCUUUCUGUGUUUCGAAAACAAAGAAAAACCCAAGAUACAUACAAGUGUAGAAAUGGCCACGACUGAUCGACGAGAUGGAUAAACUAGAUAUGCUGCAUAACCUAUGUCUAAGCCUUUGGAGUGCUACAACUACCUUCAGCCAGCCUCAGAAUGGAAGGAGGAAGAUGGAGCUCUAGUUUUACUUGUUCGGAUUCCUAGUGUCCGUCAUGAGCAAUUAGGGGUCACGAUAGAAUCCACAAAUGAAAUCAAAGUGUCUGGAGAAUACACUCCAGCAGGAGAUAACAGAACCGUUCGGUUCAGUGCUGUGUAUGGCCCCUUUCCUGAUAACUUUAGCUCAAGUGAACUGACAGUUGAUCAACUCUUAGAAUCAGAAUUCCAAAAAUCAUCACUGCUGCACAGAUCGGUCCUAAAGAGUCGCAGGCCACGACAAGCCAAGAGGUUGCUAGCCUUCAAGAAACCGGAGACGAGCAGAAGGGUCAAAAUAAUGGAGAGACUGCAAAAUUUGCUGAUGACAGAGAAACUACUGCUGGGCUAGGUAGCGGUAGUGUUCAACCAGAGGCCAACAAGAAUGAACAA